UGUGGGUUUUAGCCAAGGCUGCAGCGCCCAGCGCCUGAGCGAGCGAGCGCGGCGGCGGCUUCCUCCGGCGCUCGCAGCUGGGCGUUGCGAUUUCCCGAGCACCCCGGGCGCAGCCUGGGCUCCGGCUCCCCAGCAUCGGCCGGGCCCGCGAGGCCCCGGAGCCGCCGCGGCUAGAGGAGGAGGCAGGGAGGGGAAGCUCAGCGACCCAGCCUCCCUCCCCCACCCUCGCCCCAUUCACCUCGGCGGGCACGGGCGCGCCAGGAGCCUGAUCGUGGGACGCCGAGACCGGGACGGGAUUCUCUGCACGCUGCCGAGUGAGCCGGCGCCUCGGCUCCUGGGUGGGCUGCGAAGAAAAUGGUGCAGUCUGAGAGCGGCUGACCCCAGUUGGGUAGAGCAGACAGCUACAGUGCCGGGCUCGGGUGGCGGGAGAAGGGGGCGGAUUGUUUUGAAGGGCCGGGGCCGCUGUUUUCCUCGGUGCCUGCAGCAUUUUCUUUGCACCUGGGCAGCACGUUCCCGGGGCUACUUGGGAGCCAGAUGAAGUGAGGCAGAGGCGUCGCGGGAGAGGCGGGUCUGGAACCUGCCGGGUGGAUACUCAGGAAGAAGAGGGCGCUGGGGAGAUCGGCAUGACGCCCGGGGACUGGCUCCCCAGCUGGCGGUGAGCCCCGAUCGCGCGACCUGUCCAUGGUGUUGAAGGCACCGCGAGCGGAGCUCCGCGCGCCCCGCGCCGUGCGUCCUGCCGGGUGCACCCUCCUCUGCGCAGCCAGCCCCUCGCGCCCGCCAGCUGCCGCCCAGUCGUCCCCAGUCCCGGGCCAAGGCUCGUCCGGUAACGCCGUCCGAGUGACCGCACCGUCGGCCCGAGGGGCCUCCUGAAUGGCGAGGCCAGACGCAGACGACCCGGGAGCCCGCGCGGAGAGGUCGGCAGCGACCGUGUACCCACGGGCAGCCCGCCUUUGAGCACAGCGCGCUGGCCAGACAGAACAAGGGACCUGCUGGUGACCAGAGGACGGAGAUUUUAAAAAGACCCAACCCAGAGAGGAAGAACAUUUCUUCGCUUGCAGACCGGAAGGGGGAGAGUCGCUGAGUGGGAGACCCAGCCGGGACUCAGGACAGCCGGCCCUAGCAUCUGGAGAUUUCCUUCGCUGGCCGGCCGCCUCGCGGGUGCUGGGGUUCAUCCGGUCGUCGCGCAGCUCCUCGUGAUAGCCUCCAUCCCCUCACCCCAAGAUAAAGCCAGGCGAGUGGGUCCCGUCGCUACCCUGCACAAAGAAAGCCCGGCAGCCCCACGGCAGCCGAGGGCACUUGGUGUUUAGUUUCUGACCCCAGGGCAGCUGCACCCGAAGCCCGGCUGCGCGCCGACGCGGCCGGUUCGGGGCAGUCGCUUCCUGCGGGGCAGGGAGGGGGCGGGAGGCAGUCUUGUCCGCUCGCCGCCGCCCGAGGCUGCACCUGCCCCGGAGGAUGCCCAGGAGCCCGCCCGAGGCUCCCCGGAUCAGAACUUUUUAGGUUGCUCGCCCCCAUCCCUGCAGUCCCCGGGCCGCGCACCGGCAGGCGGGGGCGAGGGGGCGCCGCCGCGCGAGUCCCCCUCCGGUCCCCCUCCCCCUUGGCUUGGCCGCCCGCCGCUUUGUUCCGGGCGCGCGGAGGGAAGGCGAGGCUGCGGCGGAUCAUGCCCAUGGUGUAGCCGCCAAGCGGAGGCAUGGCUGCCGGAAGGUUACUGCUCUAUACGGGCCUUUCGCUAGCGCUCUGCGCCCUCGGCAUGCUGGCCGUGGCCAUCUGCUCGGACCACUGGUACGAGACGGACGCCAGGAAGCACAGGGACAGGUGCAAGGCCUUCAACACCCGCCGGGUCGACCCCGGCUUCAUUUACAACAACAACAACAACUUGCCGCUCCGGGCGAGCCGCUCGCGCCUGGACCGCUGGGAGGGCAAACUCCUCCGGGCCCGGAACCGCCGGCAGCUCUUCGCCAUGAGCCCGGUGGACGAGUGCAGCCGGCAGUACAACUCCACCAACAUGGGUCUCUGGAGGAAGUGCCACCGGCAGGGCUUCGACCCCGAGAUCGCAGCCCUUAUUCGGAAAGGAGAAAUUGAACGAUGCACGUACAUCAAAUACCACUACUCCUCAGCCACCAUCCCCAGGAACCUCACUUUCAACAUCACGAAGACCAUCCGUCAGGACGAGUGGCACGCCCUUCAUCUGCGCAGGAUGACAGCCGGCUUCAUGGGCAUGGCGGUGGCCAUCAUCCUCUUCGGCUGGAUCAUCGGCGUGCUGGGCUGCUGCUGGGACCGGGGCCUUAUGCAGUAUGUGGCAGGGCUUCUCUUCCUCAUGGGAGGAACCUUCUGCAUCAUUUCACUGUGCACCUGUGUGGCCGGAAUCAACUUCGAGCUGUCACGCUACCCGCGCUACCUGUAUGGACUCCCUGAUGACAUCAGCCACGGCUACGGAUGGUCCAUGUUCUGUGCGUGGGGGGGCCUGGGCCUCACACUCAUCUCGGGGUUCUUCUGUACCUUGGCCCCUUCUGUCCAACCUGUCCCGAGGACCAACUGCCCUAAAUCCAGACCCGAGAACGGGACAGUGUGCUAAAAAACAAACCCAUACCUAUAUAUAUAUAUAUAUAAAUAUAUAUAUAAUAUACAUAUAUAAAACAAAACUAACUCAAGAGGAUGCCAUCAGGCACCCACAUCUCGCUGGACUUUGUGUCACCUCAUCACCGGGAUGGGGAAAGCAUUCCCAUCACGUGGCUCUUCCAUCCUUUCUUGACUCUUGGCUCCAUGGUUUCUUGAAGACAGAACGAACAUCACCCCCCGUGGUAGCGUCCCGAGUCCUGUCCCCCUACAAGGAUGGGGUGGUGGGCCGGGAAGGGACAUGUCGCCAGGGGUCCGAAGCAGCCCGGAUGUAGAGAAGGAGAUGCCGUCCAUCGGGCCGGCAGGGAGGCACCACCCCAGCACCGACCGUAUCGCAGAGAAACAAAGCCUGUAGUUCAUAGAAGGUAACCAGAUCUUCGAGGCCAUGUGCAAAACCACUUCUCCGGAUCUUCCUAUUCGGAUUCCCUUCCUGGCCCACCAGCGACACACAAGAAGUGCAAGAGAAAACAGACCGAGAAGGACAUUUUCUCUUUGCUGCCAAACUUUCGGACCAAGUUCUAGAGGUGGGAAGGGGGCGAGAGCAGCAUGCUGAGAGGCAAGGCCCUCGUCAAUAAAAGGACACUUCCGUGGAUGCUCAGAAAACCCAGUCUUACCCCCAGCUGCCUUACACCAGUCAAACAAGAGGCCGCCCUGCCCCUGCCCCCGACCCCACUUUCCGUACUGCACGGGCAGACUGGAGCCUUGGAGUAACGCUGUGAUGUGUGCGUGUGUGUGUGUGCGUGUGUGUGUGUGUGUGUGCGUGUGAUGACUUCUGGUGGUUUCCUUUUCUCCUUUGCACCUUUUAAAAUGGAAAUACUGCAUCACGACUGUUGUCUCCAUCCUUUGUGGUGGUUUCGCGGCCUGGGGCGGAGGCCCGAGACCGAGGGAGAAUAAUGAAGGGGCAAGCCAACGCGGGUGCCCGUUCCGUAGUUUCAGAUCCCUGGAGUGUGUGCGUAUGGUGGACGUUCUCUGAGUGUGGGGUUUUAGCGUUUGUGUUGCAUUUUUCUAUUAUGUGUUGUGUGCAGCUGAAAGUCCCCGAGGGCAGAACCGAGAACCAACCCACUGGGUCUCAGAGGGCCCUGUGGUCCUUCACGUCACAGUUCUGGGAUGCCGCAGGAUUUAGUCCUCUAAAUCUGGAAGUUCAAGACAAAGCUGGGCACAAAAGCCAUGAGAGAAGAGAGGGAGCACGGUUCAGGCGGGAGAAGGAACGUUUCCUCUGUGGCUGUCGUAUACAAGUAUGUAUACCAAACCAAACCAGACCUUCACUCCCCAUCGUGGAAGCUGUCCUUUGUCACUGGACAUCUACCCCUCUCCUAGGGGCGACCUCUGUACAGAUGAAAGGAAAUGGGUCACGUGCAGAGAGAGCAUCUCCAUGUCCCAUGGGCUCGAGUUUGUAUGAUAUUGUGUAAAUUAAUGGAGAACUCUCGACUCUUCCCAUCUUCUUCCUUUUCCUCUUGAUAUUCAAGGCCAUGCAUCCCCAAAUAGCCUUCUUAGUGGCUAGCCCCCAGACAGGGGUGGCAGAAGUCCCACCCAGUGUCUCAGGCUCAUUUGAGCAAACUGGCCCUGCAGGUGUUGGCGAACCACGAAGCCAGCCAGAGUCAUGGAAGCUGUAGGGACGAGCGUCCGCUGGGAAGAGUGGGCAGGAGCACCUGACAGUCCCCUUGGAGUCCCCUGUGCGGCCCUGGGGAGGCAAAGAGUGAAUCCCUGAGCUGCACAGUCACGGGUCAGCCAUGUAGCUGAGAAGUCAGUUGCUUCAGAACUAAGUGUGCUUCAGGCACUUUGCCAACAACAACUCAACAGCCUUCCUUUCCUUCCCAUGCAAGCACCUGUUUCAUCUACCUGUCUUCUGAUCUGUCUUCCUAUCAGUCCCACCUUUCCUCACCUGCUAACCACCUCUCCCCUCUUCUAUCCACCAGGCUAUGAGUCCUACCUAUCUCCUCAUCUGCUGUGUCUGCGUGUGUGCGUGUAUGUAUGUGUGUAUGUGUGUGUAAUUCACAUCCAGAUGGGACAUCCCACGUGCAUGAAUGGCCUGAAUGUGGGUCUCUAUAUAUGUGUAGCUCUCCGGUGCAUUUUCUGUGUGUUUGUAUCAAUAUAACCUGGACGUGGGUGUGGGUUUACUACUCAAGGCUUCCUUCCCAGCGGUGCUGGUCAGCUUCUUCAGAAGGUGUCCUGUGUGUGUGCCCCUUGUAUGGGUGUGCUGAGAGAUGAGGGUGGGAUAUGGAGCAGAAAAUGCUAUUACCUUCCGAUUGGGCUUCUAAGGAUUUUUAAAAUAAGGGAUUUAUUCUAUGAGAAGAGAAACCAUUUUCAGGAAAAGCCAAUUUUUCUAUUGUAUACGAAAUUUUAAAACACUUUUUUCUUGAAAGGUUAGAUUUCCCCCUUUGAGGCAUACAAGGGCUUGAGAAACAGUGAGAAGCAUCCCACACUGAGAGGCCUCGUAUCUUCCUUCCAAGUGUCUUGAGUGGGCUCUGCCCAGCAGGGAGAGACAGGUGUCCACCAGCAUCUGUUUGGGGACAGAGGGCUUGUCUGUGACCAGACCCAAACUCCAGCUGUUUCCCAGCAGGAAAACGGGGAAAGAAUUUCUAAAGGGAGCAACUUGCUAUCAUUCAAACUUUUCUUAAGUAGCCCUGUUUGAAGAUACUGCCUCACUGCCCUGUGACUAUUUAUACCUUCUUUUUUUAAUCCCAUGCUUGCCAUAGAUGGGUCAGCCGCUCUUUCCAGCUCCUCAUCUUUAUGAUCGACCCUUAAAAAUGUUUAUUGUGCCCCUUUAAAACCUUCCUGAAAUAUUAAGAGAUGCCUGAGAAAGAAGUCAACCACUUGGCCUACCUCACCAUCAGGAGAGCAGGAGUGUUGAGCUGCGGCUUUGAUAGUGAGGCCGGACAGGAACAGAUCCCCUCUGAGGUCCAAUUCUGCUUGGGGCCAGUGAAAGGCCUGAGCCAGUGGUCAGGAUGGAAGCCCCGUACAGAGAGGGCAAGUCCUUGCCUGGGUGAACUCGAUCCCUCCAACACAGGGAUCCAGGUUAAGACCUUACCCCCGCCUCCCCACAACCUGAAGCAGUGGCCUGGCUGAGGAAGAAGGAAGGGAGCGGGGAGGGAGAAGGAAGAGGGACCCUCUGCCAACUUCACCUCAAAGUAGAGCCAACCCUUGGAUAGGAUUUAGGGUUAGCAGCCUCAUUAAAGCCCCAGCCCUGACCCCGGGUCAAGUUCAAAUUCCUUACAGGUGUGCAUGCAAGGUCCCUGAUCUUGGAUGUAUUUUGAGCUCCAUGCGAGUCUGCCUUAAGCAUGGGGCUCAUUUCAGCUUUCAUUUCCUUCCUUACCCUAUGAGAUUGGGGAUUUAGGAAAGUGGAAUGUCCGCUUGGAAGGAGGUCCUAUUUCUUUCUCCCCAUCGUGGGAGCUUUGUUUCCUCCACAUUUCCUUUUCCUCUCCCUCCACUCAUUUCCACCUUCCUUCUGCAUUAACUUAAAAUAGCUGAUCAGUUAAAAGAGUUCAGGCAUUUGUCUCCAGAGGGGCUCAUCCUCUCUCUCCAGGCAGCCCCCCUUCCUCAUCUGUUAUGGCUGUAGGCUCCAAAAGGAGAUCAGUAGCUUCCUAGCAUGGAAAUAUUACAAAUAAAAAAUUUAAAUGUGCCUAUUCCAGCUUCAAUCCUCCUGAAAGCCUCAGCCUUUGAAUAACUACAUCCUUUCAGCUUCAGGGAUCACAAAUCAGGAAGACUCACCAUCUCCACCAAAUCAAGACAGAGCCUUCCUUGAUCACCUGUCCAUACGCAGCACCCUGAGCCCAUUCUGGUAUCUUCUCUUGUUGGGGGGCGAGUGGUUCCACUUAACAGUGCUUGCCUCUCUUUUGAUGAGGGAAGACACAUUAUCCUGGAACUCUUGAGUACGGGCCCUACCUCGUAACAGUCAUCCACAGUCAAGAGAAGAGGUCUACAGUGAACCAGCAUAGUUGCUCUGAUUGAAUGGGGGAUGAGAUUAGAUCCCUAAAAUUGCCCACCUCAGUCAGACUCCGCAUAACGAAAUCAGGUACCUGGAGGCAUUGACUCUGGCUUAUUCUGGGAGCAUUAAUUAACUGAUUUUCAAGUGUCUGAGGGGAAAGAGUGGGAAGAUAUACACUCUGGUCAUCUUUGGUGUGGUUUGUGCGGGUCGCUUGGUUGAUUCUCGCGGCUAAAGGGUAGCUGCCUUUCCUGAAAAUGUUCCUGCUGCUCAGGGGUCAACCAUCCCAGCGGACAAAUCAAGCCCUUUGAAGGGAACUAUGAUGAGUCAUAAGGACAGGUGAUUUCCCCAUAGUUAGAAAUUACUGAUGCAUCCCAGCCGGGUUGCCUGCUCUGCUGUCUUCUAGGUGGUAUCUGACGGAGUAAGGGGACAGGCUUUUAAACAAGCCCACGGGAGUUGAUAGACACAAAAUCUUCUGGUGUCUCUCAAAGCAAUCAGCUUGGUGGGCUGUAUCUGCACUCUUCCCAUUGAUGCCUCCAUGGUGCAAAAUGUUUCUUAAACAUUAUUAUUAGUCCCUAGAUGACAUUAUUAUUGGCUAUCGGAUUACUUUUUCUGAAUAAUAGAAAACUCUAGAAAAUUAGAAAAAUAAAGUACAAAAAAACAAAAAAGACUAAAGGAUUGUUUAUAAUUCCAUCACUCAGGGGCAUCCUGAUGGUCAACAGCCCCAGCAACUUCCACAGUCAGUGGUUGUCUUGGGCUGGAAGUCAGGGCUAGGAGUGGAGUCCCAGACCGCAGAACCACACUGGUCUGCAUGGACUUGACCAUGACCCUGUGUUCAUAGCAGAAGGAUCACAGGGCUCUGAGCCCCCAAAGACCACAAAGAGACUUUUUAAAAAAGUCCAGUGUCAGAGCAUAGGGAUGGGCAGAACGGAAUGAAAAGAUUCCUUGGGAUUUUUUUUUUCAUUUUCUUUUUUUUUUUUUUUUUUGAGUGUUAUUUCAAUCUAAUUAUAGGUGUAAGAGCACAGAAGCCAGAGUAACUCACUAAGCUAUGCUCUAUAGCACAGCUACUGUAAAGUCCAUGUCAGCUCUGCACUAAAAUGAUUGGUGACUCUGGGUGCUGGGUCUUCUCCAUACUUGAACUUCCUCAUCCACAAAAUGAGGAUAGUGAUAACACUUUACCUCAUGGUAUGUUAAGGGUGACAAAGAAAUUGCAAAGUGAUUUGCAAACAUGAUGUGUCACGUGAAUUCUGCACCAGUCAAAUGAUCCUGCAGCAGCAGAGGCCCUGGCCAUGUGGAAUCUUCCAUGGGGUGUCUGGGCCUCACCACUGAAAGGACAAGUGAGAGUGAGCAGUCACCUUGGCCGCCAAACAGGACUGUCCCUAUCCACCUUCAGCACGUGGGAUUCUAUCCUAUCACUCGGGUCCCUCACAGAGGUUGGCUCCUUAAUUUACCCACCUCAGGCUUCCAUCCUUUGGUCCAAAGCCAAUUUUGCAAAGGGCACUCUUAAUCCUUCUGGAUUAUUCCCAGAGGUCAUGGGAUGAGUACACGAUAUGAAGCAAAUAGCAUAUAUGAUCUAAAACAGUUAACUAUUAAACAAGGGUCAAUGCCUUUUUUUUUCUUUCCCACAAACCGAUUUGUAGCUGUACGUGCCCUCCUAGUGGGAGCAGAUCAGGCUCUGAAACAUUUUAAUGGUCUUUUAAGUUUAAGAUGGGAACAAGUUUCAAAGAACUGGUAUCUUCUAUCUCUUGUCAGUUGGUGAAGCAGGUGGCUUCAUCAAAAGCAUAUGGGUUCUCAUAGGAAGUCCUUCGGGUGGUGCAUUCACUAGGAGAUGUUCUGGGGGUAAUCCUGUUGGGGGGAAACUGAACCCUAGCUUCUAGACAAGAACAUAUUUCUAAAAGGGUCUGCAUGCUUUCUGCUUUGCCGAGGAUCCUGUUUCAAUGUGUCGAUGAGACCUUCUCUGAGGGAAGUCCAAGUCCUCGCUCACUGUAGGGAUAGAGCCCAACCAGGAAUGGGGCGACUACCCAACUAUAUGAGGUGUUGUUGACUAUUGAAAACGGGCUGAACACCUGUGGGGUGCACAGCAGUAGCUCAGACCUGGCCUCACUUUGACAGAUGCUGACUUUAGCAAUCACAAUCCCAUUCUUCAUUUCCAAGGAUGGGGUGUUGCUCCUUGGGGAGCUCUCUGUGUCCCUCUCUCCCAUCUCCCAUGAUUCCCUCUGGCCAAACCUUUCCCUUCCUUGGUCACCUGGAGACCCUGUUGAGCCUGAAUGUGUCAGUGUGUCUGUGUCUUUGUGGAUGUAAUGGUGCCUUUCCCGUAAGGAGCUCUCACUAUUCUCAGACUCCUUUCCCACUUCCACCCAUGGUGUGACUGUUGUAGAUCCAAGACUAUGUGUAAAAAUGUACAAAUAAAAGUG